UUCGUUCGUGCGACCAUCCCCAGUUCAUCUACAUACAGUAGUCAUCACACAGUCAAAUAUCAAAAGCACUUAGUUGUCUGGGGAAAGCUGGAUAGACGUUGGGACAACUUUGCUGCGAGAUCAAAGGAAGUCGCUCACCUGAUUGUGACAGCGACUCGAAUUCGUCGCUGUGUCAGCCGACAUUCCACAAUCAGUACUCUUUCUUCAUCGCCUACACAUUGUUCGCCGCUUUGCUGUCAAACAAUAAUCACACCGUUCACCAUGUCUUUCCCUGCUCAUGACCCCAAUGCCUCCAUUUCCAUUCCCAAGGUGGAACAAGCAGUCCUCGACUUUUGGCGAGAGAUAGAUGCUUUUCACACUUCCCAAAAGCUCCAUGAAGGUAUGCCAGAGUAUAGCUUCUUUGACGGUCCUCCAUUCGCGACGGGUAAACCUCACUAUGGUCAUCUCUUAGCUGGUACCAUUAAAGAUAUCGUCACACGUCACGCUCACUCGACUGGUCAUCAUGUCGAGCGAAGGUUCGGAUGGGACACACACGGUCUUCCUGUGGAACAUGAAAUUGAUAAAUCGUUGAACAUCAAAGGAAAGGAUGAUGUGAUGGCAAUGGGAAUUGCCAAAUACAACGAAGCCUGUCGAGCCAUUGUCAUGCGUUAUUCUUCUGAAUGGGAAGCGACGGUGGAACGAAUGGGAAGAUGGAUUGAUUUCGAGACUGGCUACAGGACGUAUCAACCGACUUUCAUGGAGAGCGUGUGGUGGGUGUUCGGUCAAUUGUGGGAGAAAGAACAAGUGUAUAGGGGUUUGAGGGUCAUGCCGUACUCUACUGGCUGUACGACACCCUUGAGUAAUUUCGAAGCUGGAGAGGAUUACAGGGAUACCAGGGAUCCAGCAGUGACCGUGGCAUUCCCAUUGAUCGACGACCCCACAACGUCUCUCCUUGCUUGGACGACAACACCUUAUACCCUCCCUUCCAAUCUUGCACUUUGUGUUCAUCCCGAUUUCACCUACAUCAAGAUCCACGACAUUGAACGGAACCAAAACUUCAUCCUGCUAGAACAAUUGCUCGGUACAGUGUACAAAGAGUAUGCUGGGGGUAAAAAGCCGGAUCCCAAAAAAGAACCCAAGUUUAAGAAGAUUGGGUCUUUCUCGGGCAAAGAUAUGGUCGGGUGGAGAUACCAGCCGAUGUUUGACUACUUCACUGAGCAGUACGAAGACCGAGCUUUCCGAGUGUUGUCAGACACUUAUGUCACUGAUGCUUCCGGUACUGGUAUCGUACACCAAGCUCCUGCGUGGGGUGAAGAUGAUCACCGAGUGUGUGUUGCACAUGGCGUAGUGAGGCUCGACGAGAUACCGCCUUGCCCCAUUGAUGAAGCCGGUCGCUUCACCGCCGAAGUACCUGAAUACCAAGGGAAACACGUCAAAGAGGCCGACGCUCAGAUCAUCAAAGAUCUCACAAAGUCUGGUCGACUCAUCGUGCGAGCAGACAUCACACACUCUUAUCCUCAUUGCUGGCGUUCGGGAACCCCACUCAUCUAUCGUGCCAUACCUUCAUGGUUCGUCCGUGUGGCUAGUAUCGCCGACAAAUUGGUGGCCAACAACGAGAAGACCAGAUGGGUGCCUGCCAACAUCGGAGAGGGUCGGUUCGGCCAAUGGUUGAAGAAUGCUCGGGAUUGGAAUAUCUCUCGGAAUAGAUACUGGGGUACACCCAUCCCGCUCUGGGUCAGUGAUGAUUACCAGGAAGUCGUCUGUAUAAGCUCUAUCAAGCAGCUUGAGGAAUUGUCCGGCGUUACUGGGAUAUCAGAUCUGCAUCGAGAAAGUAUCGAUCAUAUCACCAUUCCUUCACAGAAAGGAAAGGGGACGCUGAGGAGGAUUGAAGAGGUGUUCGAUUGUUGGUUCGAGUCUGGAAGUAUGCCAUAUGCUCAAUGCCAUUACCCUUUCGAGAACCACGAACGAUUCACGAAAGGUUUCCCAGCGGACUUUGUCAGUGAGGGUAUCGACCAGACUCGCGGGUGGUUCUACACUUUACUCGUACUCGGUACACAUCUGUUCGAUACAGCCCCAUGGAAGAAUCUCAUCGUAUCGGGUCUCAUCUUAGCAGCAGAUGGCAAGAAGAUGUCGAAAAAGCUCAAAAAUUACCCUGACCCCAUGGAGAUCGUCAACAAGUACGGAGCUGACUCUGUCCGAUUGUUCCUCGUCAACUCGCCUGUCGUUCGAGCCGACAACCUUCGCUUCAGGGAAGAAGGUGUACGAGAGGUCCUCACAUCGGUCAUAUUGAAAUGGAUGAACUCGCUCAAUUUCUACCUCGCUCAAGCUGAGCUUUUCGAACAGACGACGGGCGAGAAGUACGUGUAUGACCACGAUGCGCCAAAAUCCCAAAAUGUCAUGGACCGAUGGAUUCUUGCCAGCUGUCAGACUAUGAUUCAACACGUAGACAAGGAAAUGGGGGCGUACAGGUUGUACACCGUCAUCCCGCGAUUACUCAAUCUGGUGGAGGAUCUCACAAACUGGUAUAUUCGAUUCAACAGGACGAGAUUGAAGGGUGCCGGUGGUUUGGAGGAUACAAGAUCCGCUCUCAAUACAUUAUAUGAGACUUUGUUUACCCUUUGUCUCACGAUGUCAUCAUUUACACCCUUCACCUCUGAAUAUGUCUAUCAAGCCCUUCUUCACUCUUCUCCUCCGUCUGCUGACGCUACCGCCGACGUCCGAUCUGUCCAUUUCCUUCCUUUCCCCUCUAUGCGUGAGGAGUAUUUCGACCCCAUCAUCGAACGUCAGGUCCAGCGACUAAAAGCCGUCAUCGAGCUUGGGAGAAAUAUCCGUGAUCGUCGCACUUUGAAAACCAAGCAACCCUUGAAAGAACUCAUCAUCUUCCACCAUGACCCUGAAUAUCUCGCCGACGUCAAAUCACUCGAAUCUUAUGUCGCCGGUGAGCUCAAUGUUGUCAACGUUGUCUAUACAUCAGAUGAGGCCGCGGUGGGCAUUCAAUAUCGUGCCGCGGCAGAUUGGGCCGUACUAGGCAAAAAACUACGGAAAGAAAUGGGCAAAGUUCGUAGUGCCCUCCCAUCUUUGUCUUCGGAACAAUGUCGAGAUUACCUUUCUACAGGCAAGAUGGAAGUAGCUGGUGUGGAGCUCAUCACGGGAGAUUUAGUCGUCACUCGUUUUGUGAAAUUGGAGGAUCAAAAUACAUAUGAAUCAGCUACGGAUUUCGAAGUCAUCGUUCUUUUAGAUAUUCGAAGACAUCCAGAAUUGGAGAGUUUAGCUCUUCUUCGAUCACUCACUUCGAGAGUCAACAAACUUCGGAAAGAGGCAGGAUUGAAACCGAGUGAUAAAGUUGCCAUUUUGUACAAAUACGAACAAGGAGGAGAAGAUGCGGUACGUGUGGCCUUGAAGGGGAAUGAAGAGUAUUUGGAAAGACAGAUCGGAGGUUUACCCAUGGAAUACUCUCAAAGGGGAAGUAGGAAAGUGAUCAAAGAAGAGGUAAACACGAAGGAGGCUGAAGAUUUAGGAGUGGAAGAGAGGUUCGUGUUGGUUUUAGCUGAGAGGGAGUGAAGGUGUUGAAGUGUGGAAGUGUGCAUAAUAUGAGCAUUGGAUGCAUUCAUCUGCCAUGAGUUUUUGA